AUGCCAUCUCCGCGAGGCUCCAGCGCCGAAUUCGGCAACAGGCCUGCAUCUCCAGCCGAGCAACAAGCGUCAAAGGAAAAGAAGCUGGUUAUACUACGCCAGUCGGUUGCAGAUAUACAAACCCAGAUCGCCGACUUGGAGGCUCAGAUCGCCGAAGACAAGGCCCACUUGAAGAACGACCCUAAAGCCACGGUGCAACAACAUAUCCGUCUGUUGCACGAAUACAACGAAAUCAAGGACGCUGGGCAGGGGCUACUGGGCCUGAUCGCAGAUGCGCGGGGAGUGCGACAUAUUGACGUGCAAAGAGAGUAUGGAGUGGAUGAUCGCGAUUGA